AGGAACAAAGCCUAUCUCUCCUUCAUUUUUUUUCCUCAUGUAGCUCCCCUAGUUUUCCAUGAUUUUCUGGAAAUUAUUUCUCUUGUUAAUUGAUAGCACAUAGAAAAUUAAGAAAUAAAUCUUAAAAUAAAACAAGGAAAGUUUCCAUUUUCGUGGGUGCAUGCAAUGGGUCCCCUGCAUGAUUCCACCCAAUCCGAAGCUCUCUUGCUCCUUUCCCCAUUUAACCUCCUCCCUUAACCCCUCAAAUAUUUCCUUCUGUCAACCCUUCCAUUUGCCAAACCAACUCUACUCCGAAUCCCUUCAAAUCCGCUCCCUUUCUCCCUCCUAUUUUUCUCAGCAACUGCUGACUUCUUUCCCGGUCUUUUCUCUUUGACCAGUUCUGUUAUAGGAUUUGAGAAGGCUAUUGUGGUUUUGAGUUCCUUGGGAGUUCUUAGGUAGGUGUUGGAUACCUGCCGCGGAUUUGGUCGCUGGUCCUCGACUUCUCUUUGGAGUGGAAGAAUGACAGUAGAAGAGAGCGGGAGAAGCAAGGGGAAUGAUGCGGAAACCACGGACAAGUUCCCCACGGGCAUGCGUGUUCUCGCCGUCGAUGAUGAUCCCACUUGCCUCAAGUUGUUGGAGAAUCUUCUCCUGCGCUGCCAUUAUGAUGUUACAACAGCCAGUCAGGCAAUCGUCGCUUUGAAAAUGUUGAGGGAGAACAAAGACAAGUUUGAUCUGGUUAUCAGUGAUGUCCACAUGCCAGACAUGGAUGGUUUCAAGCUUUUAGAGCUUGUGGGCCUCGAAAUGGACCUCCCUGUUAUUAUGCUGUCUGCAAAUGGCGAUACUAAAGCUGUGAUGAAGGGGAUAACUCAUGGUGCUUGUGACUAUCUGUUGAAGCCCAUCCGGAUUGAGGAGCUUAAGAACAUUUGGCAGCAUGUGGUUAGGAGGAAAAAGUUUGAUUCAAGAUAUCAGAAUGAAGGGGAGAGUAGUCUGAAGGCCCAACUUCCUAAUUCUGAAGGCGUGCAGGGGCCUCGUGAUCGUAGUGGUAAGCUUAACAGGAAGAGGAAGGAUCAGACUGAAGAAGAUGAACUAGAUUCUGAAGAAAACCUGCAUGGGAAUGAAGAUCCCUCAACACAGAAGAAGCCAAGAGUCGUUUGGUCCGUUGAGUUGCAACGCAAAUUUGUCGCUGCUGUUAAUCAAUUGGGCGUUGACAGUAAGAGCUUUCAAUUGAUAAUGUAGUUCAUUUGUUAGAAGGGAAAGCAUAAAGCUUGUAUUUCCAUUAUAAUGCCUUUGUCAUAAAGCUUAUGUUUCCAUUAUAAUGCCUUUGUCAACCUUUUGCUUGGAUCAGCGCCAUCCUUUUUUAAAUGCCAUUGCCUCUUUAGUACUAAGCCCCCUUUUGUUAUUUCUGACAACAGAGGCUGUA